UGAGCUCAGAGCUGUUCCUGCCCCAAACCCAUCAUUUAUCAUGAGGCUUUCAAGUGCUAUCGAAAAUAUUUGCGUAGGAUUUAUACUGUAGUUGAGUACACGUUCCCGAUCCGACAACGCAGAUGCUCGAUACCAAUACCACUUGUCGAAAACCAUGUUUUUUAAAAAGUAGCCACUUGAAAACUCUAUUUUUAUCACCGGGUCAGCCUUUAAACAUUUCUGCUUUUUAAGCGCUUCAAUGAACAGACACUCGCUUGGAAAAUGAAACUAACAUACUGCGCGUGAAGGCAGCACAGCCACACCACUCUUGACUCUCAGUGGGUCAGUUUAAAAUAAAGAGAAACUGAAAGCAGUCAGGGCAUCAUGUUGCAUCACCGGCUGUCUGAUGCCAAACCUCCUGCUCUCAAAAGCCUAAGACACGCCGGUUUAGCGCUUCACUUCGAGCAACACAUUUACAGAAUCAGCAGGUCACCAAGCAACCAUCAAGCAUUAGUUUGCCCUGCGGGGAUUACCUGUCCAGCAGCCCGCACUCCCUUAGUCAGGGCUGCAGGGAGGUGCGCUGCUCCUGCGCCACUUUCACAAUUUGAAUGUCAGUGGUUUCGCUUGCUGCACGGAUGAUCCGGGUUGGAUGAAGAUUCAUCCUGUUUUUGGAAAAGCAGUCAGCCUGCCAACCAGCCGGUUAUCUGGCCUGCUGCUAGACGGGAGGGAGGGGCGAGAGAUGUCCCCGUUAUUCAUGGACACCGGGUACGAACCCAACAGCCCCGGCUCCCUGUCAGCUGAGGACUGCAACAGCAACACAGCUGGAUCGGAGAGAGAGGGAGAGGGACAACAGGUGGAAAACACAGGGAAAAAAAGGCGGGAUAAGAACAGAGACGCGGCCAGGAGGACCCGCCGAAAACAGACAGAAAGAGCAGACGAGCUCCAUGAGGAGCUCCAGCGUCUCGAGCGAUCUAACUCAGCCCUUCAAAAGGAGAUCGCUGCGUUGAAAAAAGACCUCAAUCACUAUACGACGGCUCUGGCCCAUCAUGAACCGUACUGCCGCCUCAAAGCGUCUGGGUCCAGCUCCAGCGCAGCAACCCAAAUCCCUGUUUCCCCCUCAACCAAGUGUCACACCAGCUCCAGCCCUCCUAGAGUAACUCCCCAGGCCUCAAGCUCCACUUUGGCUGCUGCCCCUUCAAUCUCUACCUCUUUAACCUCCGGCCUGGGUCUUCAAACCUUUGACUGUGUUGAAAACCCUCACCUCUCGCCUCCAGCUUCUGCUGCAGCAGCUACAACGUUAGCUUCGAUUUCUGGCUCGUCCGCUGAGCUCGUCAUCGCCUCCGCCUCCUCGUCCUCCAGCCCCGUGACUGUUCCUUAUUCAGCCUCAUUUUCCACGCUCGAGGCUCCUCACUCUUUGUUUAGCGAGGAGCUUCCAAUCACGUCGAAGCCAGCAAGUGUUACGCCUGUCUGCAGCAGCCUCAGCACUGCUGCUCAGCCUCAUUCUGGGCAUAACACCAUCCAUGAAACCUCCUCCAUGCCAGCGAAUGCUUGUUUCUCUGCUCUUAACUCAGAAACAUUGGAUGCAUUUUUAAUGAAACAAACCUCUUUUCUAACUGCUCCAUCUGAUAUGGUGGCACCUUAUUCCCAUUUAAUGGGAGAACAUGAAGGUCUGAUGGCUCACAGUUGCUCCAUGAAUUCAGCCCAGCUUCAUCCAGGUCAGUUCAGUGGAAAUCCAAACAAUUCAAGUCAGCAGUGUGCUCUUUUACCAUCCACCCCUCAAGCUCCUGCUCUUCGGUCCCUCACAGUUACAUCUCAGGCAAACUUGGAGCGGCCUCCCGCCUCUGCCUUUAAGCCAUGUUACAGACAACAAAUGACACCCAGUCCUACCCAUGCCUCUCUGCUUUCCCUCCUCACCACCCCCUGUCCCCUUAACAUCUCUCAGACUACCUCUACCAACAGCUCUGAUGGAGCUGUCUUUCAACCUCCACCACCCUCACUGCCACUGUCGGGCGAUCCCACAAGUGACCUUUCCCUUUCUGAUUUCCUGGAAAUCAAUGAUUGGAUCCUAAGUGGGAAUAAUAAUCAGUAGCACUACAUGCCACAGGGCAAAGGAGGAUCAGCAUCAAAACGGUCAUUUCAUUCAUAUGUUUUGAGCUGUUUAAGUGAACUCUGAUGAUUUAGGUCUGAGUCUUCUUUCAGAGAAACUGCUUUUUAGCUCAUUGAGUUAUGAGUCUAAAUACAAUGCAGACCAGCUACAUUUGUAAAAUGCAAAACAGAUAGAGACAGAUUUUCACAUCUGACAUCCAGUUAUUUAUGGAAAACUGGCACCAACAAACAGCGAAACGUCUGGGCUGUUGCCCCUAUUCAAGUUUUUGCUUCUUCUCUUAAAGGGACACUCCAGUGACUUACUGUUGCAUCUCCAAAAAGUUUCGGAGACUUGUAAGAGACAGAAGAAUGACUAAAACUGAAGCAUAUGCUGAUGUUAAGUUCUUCGUAUUAGGUUCAUUGUCAGAGACCUGACAAAGCUCCUCCACAGACGAUAUUAUACAACUGUUUCCACAAGCGGAGCAAUACUGUUUGCAAACGAUGGAAUUUCCCUUUCGUAAAAGCAAAGAACACAGACAACUCUGGCUGAGGUUUCAGAGACUGAAGUCACAUAUUAUUAUUUUUUACCCUUUCCUGCAGCUGGUAAAAUCUCUAAAUUUUCCACACAACAAUCCAAAACUUUCUGCAAUAACUGAGCAACCUUUGAGUCCAUAGUUUACAAGCUGUCGUAGUUGCGGUGCGACCCAACCAAAAUCCAGGAGCAGAGACUUUUUCACACUUUUAAAUAUGUGAAAAGCAAAGGGAGGGUUGCUCAUCCCUUCCCGAAAAACUGACUCAAUCAUUGAAACUUGGAAUUGUAAUUUUAGAAGGGGUGGAGUGAUCACUUCCUCACAACUUAAUGGAAACGUCUUCAGGAGAAAUUGCCAUCUUUCCCUGGAGCUGCAGUGAGUGUGUAUGAAGUUGGUCAAUAUGGCCCACAUCCUGGCUGCAUGUUACGGUCACCAUUUCACUUCAGGAAAUUGUCCUCUGUUAUUUUACCUCGUAAAAACUCAUAAUCAAACACACACACUCUCGUCACACAGUCUAAAAUAUUUUGCUGCUACUGAUAAUUUAUUUAUGGCUUGCAGUGUUUGAAUCCAAGAAAAACAGUUUUGUUAUUUGGUAUUAUUUAUCUGUCUUAUCUACUGGUGUCAAGGUGCAUAUUCUGAAAUAUUUGUGCUUGGCUCAAUAGCCAAAGAGGGUCAAUAACGAGGGUCCUGCAGCUUAUCUUGGACAACUAGAGCCCUUCUAGUGGUUCAGUUCAGCCAUGAUUUCAGUUUUGGUGUCAAGACCCUUAUUGUACAGUAACUACAUGCCCAUAUCCAAGCAAAUGUCUGUCAAGAUGAUAUAUUUUUGGCUUAGCUUGUGAUAAUGUUGUAAAAUUUAAGUUUUCACAUGCAGCACACUUACAGAUCUGUGUGGGACAAACAAUAAACAACAGCAUUAGGUGAGGAGGUUUGUCAAGGACGGCUUUGUUAAGCAAAUUGAUGCUGAUGAGGGUUUUCGAGUGAGACACAGACGUGGUGAGAGUCCACGCCUAUGCUAAUUUUUACAUUCCCUCAUCGUGCUCAAUUCAAGUGACUGAGAUGAGAGAAAUAGAUUUUUCCUUUUGACUCCCUCUCUCUGUAACUGAGGAGGAGGCUGCUAAAAUCUGUCAUAGGAACUACUGCUAUAAGGAAAUGGAUCGUAAUUUCUAAUUAUUUUUUUGGCUAGGCUUAUGCACCUUGAUUGUAAUACCACGACGAUUUUGUUUUUUCAGAUGAUUUAUAUAAUUAUUAUGCUUUAUAUACAGUAUAUCUGUAGUUAUAUAGGAAAUAGAAUUGAAUUUGUAUAGAAGCUUCUGACUUAGACUGAGACUUUGGCUCUGUGUUUGUGUGUAUGAAUUAUGAACAGUUUAUAUUUAUCAAGCAUUAGAUUAAUAUAUUUAUGCUGCAAUACUGAUUCCAAUAAGAAGCUAAUUACAAAUAAAACAUUUUAUUAAAACGAUUUUCUUUCACUUUGUUCAGUUUAGUGUUCUGUUCUAUACAGUGGUCUGUAGUUGAAGUAAUGGUGUGUAAUUGUUGAAUGAUGAAAUAGGAUAUUUCACUUAUUGCAAAUGAAGUGAAUUCAUUAACAAAA